UAACUAAGUAACUAACGCGCAGGAGUUAAGUAGACCAGAGUUCCGCCUUCGCCGGUUCCGUCUUCGGCUUCGUAGGUCGCCGGACGUCCUUCCAGAGACUUCCGGCCUUCAGGAUUCAGCCAAUCGGCGUCCUGCACAGCUUCAACUCUCCGAUCCACUAAGCCAGCAGGCCUUCAAGAGUUCUGGUCAGGCAAGUUACAAAUCGCAUUGCCCAAUCUAUCCUGACCAUUAGAUCAACCUGAUUGUGCAUCUGGACAUUUGAUCUGAGCUUCUACAAACUUAGUGCAAUCCCACCGCUUCACCACCUUCUUCCCGCAAACAAUGUGGACAAAAAGGCUCACAACUUUAUCAAGAACCCUCUCUCACCGUUAUCCAAUCCUCUGGUCAACGUCACCUCAAAUCCCAUUUCAUUCCUACUCACAAGUUUCGAUUCCAUUAUCUCCUUCAUCUGCUUCUAAGUUAUUCCAAAGUCAAAGACGUCUUAUUCCCAAAUUCCAAAGUGGAAAAUAUGUUUGCACUGUAUCUUCUAUAGAGAAACUCAAGUGCUGGAACUGUAAUUCAGUGGCAUCAAGUAACCAUCCGUUUCUUUUUUGUGAAACUUGUGCUAGUGUUCAACAUGUUGAUGAAUCCAUUGAUUAUUUCCAAAUUUUUGGAUUGGAGAAAAGAUAUGAAAUUAAGGGGCAGAAUCUUGAGCUCAAGUACAAAGACUGGCAGAGGAAGCUCCAUCCUGACUUGGUUCAUACGAAAUCCAAGAAAGAAAAGGAGUUUGCUGCUGAACAGUCUGCUCGUGUAAUCGAUGCAUAUCGGACUCUCACCAACUCAUUGUCAAGAGCAAAAUAUCUUGUGAAGUUGGAAGGAUGGCACGUAGACGAAGAGGAGAGGAUUUUGGACCCUGAGCUGCUAGGGGAGAUUAUGGAGAUCAGGGAAACUAUUGAAGAAUCAGGAGACCCACAAUCAUUGAAACAUAUUCAGGCACAGCUAAGGGAAAAGUAUGAAGAGUGGUCAAAAUCAUUUGCAGUAGCUUUUGAGAACAGAAACGCAGAAGAAGCUGCAUCAUCUAUCCGAAGAAUGACAUACUACAAGCGGGCAGAUGAGGAAAUAACUAAAAAGCUAUGACACCAGACCACCCCACCAUUGCUUGUUACUCGUUAGUAAGGUUUUACCUAUCAAGCAGUUUAUUUGUACCUUUUAAAGAUUAUGAGCCGCCCUUUACGAUUUUGUGCACCUGAAGUAAUUGAGAUCUUUGAGUUCAAGAGCAGUGGUCAUUUGUUUUCCCUGUCGUCAUCUCCAAUAAGAGACAGAUGGAAAGAACUUAUCAAAUGAUUCUGACUUCUCAGACGUUUCCUCAUAUGAAAGAUAAUUUAUAUGCAGGCUCAGAGGUUGUAAUGAGACAAUAGAGGGAACACCCUUGUUCCGUCUGCUUCUUUGUUUGUAUUGUUUAUUGUUAAUGUUAAUACAUAAUGUGAUUUGGAUGCCAUUUCAUUAUUAUAUAAUGAGAGCAUUAGAGCAUGUUUUGUCGAUUCACUAAAUAUAUUGCGUGUUUAGGACUAUUUAGUUCCCA